AUGAGCGCGCAGCAAGACCUCAGUCUCGAGUUGAUAAAGACCCUAAGCCACCCGGGACACUCAUCAUCGCGCGCAUGGCACGCAGCUGCGCAUCCCAACUCUCCACUUCUUGCGGUUGCUUCGGCGGAUAAGCAAGUCUACGUCUGGUCGCUUCGCGACUUCCAGCUCGUCAACAAGAUAGAAGGCGGACACAAGCGCAGUGUGCGCUGCGUGGACUGGAAGCCCGCCGGGGCCAAAGUCACGCUCGCCACAGGAAGUUUCGACGCAGCAGUCGGUAUAUGGGAGGCUUCUCGAGACUCGGAUGAAUCAGAAGACAACGAUGAGAAAGAGGCGUGGGAGUUUUCAAGUCGGCUCGAUGGUCCGGACAGCGAGAUUAAGAGCGUACAUUUCAGUCCAGAGCACUACAGUGCCCAUAUUCUAGCGACAUGCUCAAGGGAUAAGUCGAUAUGGAUUUGGGAAGAGGUCGAGGACGGGGAGUGGGAGACCAUGGCGGUGCUGCAAGAACACCAGGGCGACGUCAAGUGUGUCAAGUGGUGCGAAGGAGCGACCAUGUCACCAAAGUCGAAGGACGAAUCACCAAGAAUCGUGGGCAGCUCAGAGCUUCUAGCAUCAGCCAGCUACGACGACACCAUAAGGCUUUGGCGCGAUGUGGAAGAGGAGGGUGAUUGGGCAUGCGUUUCGCUACUCGAAGGCCACGGUGGAACGGUCUGGGAUCUCAGCUGGGAGAAAUGGAUAGACUCCACGGCGUCUUUUCUCUCAGAGAACGACUGGGAGCAGGAUUGGAGCCCUCGAUUGAUGAGCUGUAGCGAUGAUUGCAGCAUCAAGACAUGGCGGAGAGAAUUGAGCGACGCAGAGAAAGAAAAGCGACGGAGGCAGCGAGGUACCGAUGGAGGGGCUUACACACAACGUAUACCCUCAACCAUCCGGCCAACGAGUCACUUCGAGACUUGGGUCGAAGAUCAGACCUUGCCAACAGUUCAUGUAAGACCAGUCUAUGCGAUAGAUUGGAGUCGACGAACAGGACUAGUAGUGAGCUGUGGCGGAGACGGCACUAUCGCGGUCUAUCGAGAGAAGCGAAAUGAGAACGCAAGUGACACGACUUGGGAGGUGGUUGCACUCCAGGAGUCUGCGCAUGGCGAUUAUGAGGUCAAUCACGUCUUUUGGGCACUCAGGCGGGACUCAGGUGCAUCUGAGGAAGAAGUGAUUGUUAGUUGCGGCGACGAGGGCGAUGUCAGGAUAUGGCGGAUAGGCACUCCAAAUGCAGGAUCAUCGACAGGAUGA